AUGGUGCCCCUGCUGCUGCUGCCCCUGCUGUGGGGGGGGUCCCUGCAGGAGCUUCCAGGGUUCGAGCUCCGAGUGCAGGAAUCCGUGACGGUGCAGGCGUGCAUGGACGUCCACGUGUCCUGCUUCUUCUCCCACCCCUGGAGUUCGAGGUAUUGGUCUGCUGAGCCCUCCAUCUACUGGUUCCGGGAAGGAGACAAGCCACACAAUGAUGCUGUGGCCACAAACGACGGAAAUAAACCAGUGAAGCCAGAGACGCGGGGCCGAUUCCGCCUCGUCGGUGACCCCAGGCGCAAGGACUGCUCCCUGAGCAUCAAAGAGGCCAGGCUGAGCGACUCAGGAGCCUACUACUUGCGAGUGGAGAGAGAACCUCAUGAGAAAUAUAGUUACCUUGAUAAGAAGCUGAAUUUGCAGGUGACAGCCCCAACAGAGAAACCCGACAUCCAGUUUGUGGAGCCUCUGGAGUCCGGCCGCCCCACACAGCUGACUUGCAGCCUGUCAGUAGCCUGUGCUGGGAGACACCCUUUCCUGUUCUCCUGGGCGGGGGACGCCCUUGACGAGAUGGACCCAGGGACCCUCCACUCCUCGGAGCUCACCCUCACCCCCAGGCCCCAGGACCACGGCUCCAACCUCACCUGUCGGGUGACACUCCAGGAAGCACAGGUGACCCUGGAGACAACCGUGCGGCUCAACGUCUCCUAUGCUCCGAGGAACGUCCGCAUCAGCCUCUCCUUCAGAAACGUCACAGCCCUGAAGAUUCUGCAGGCCACCUCGUCCCUUCUCGUCUCAGAGAGCCAGCCGAUGCAGCUGCUGUGUGUCGCUGACAGCAACCCCCCUGCACAGCUGAGCUGGUUCCAGGGGUCCCCAGCCCUGGAGGCCACCCCCAUCUCCAGCACAGGGGUCUUGGAGAUACCCCGCAUGGGGGUCGGGGAUGGAGGAGAAGUCACCUGCCGAGCUCAGCACCCGCUGGGCUCCCAGCAAGUUUCCUUCAGCCUCUCUGUGCAGACUCCCCCGCAGCUGCUGGGCCCCUCCUGCUCCCAGGAGGGCGAGGGUCUGCGCUGCAGCUGCUCCUCCCAAGCCCGGCCGGCCCCCUCCCUGCGCUGGCGGCUGGGCGAGGGGCUGCUGGAGGGGAACUUCAGCAACACCUCCUUCGAGGUCAGCUCCAGCUCCGCCGGGCCCUGGACCAAUGGCUCCCUGAGCCUCCGCGAGGGGCUCAGCUCCGGCCUCAGCCUCAGCUGCGAGGCCCUGAACGUCUAUGGGGUCCGGAGCGGGUCUGUCCUGCUGCUGCCAGGGAGACAUGCAUUCCUGGCUCUUGGGGCUCUUGGAGGCGCUGGUGCAGGGGCCCUGCUGUCCACGUGCUUGUGUCUCCUUUUGUUUUUCAUAGUGAAAGCCCGCAGAAAGCAGGCAGCCACGAGACCAGAAGAUGUGGAUGAUGAAGACCCGGUCAUGGGUACCGUCGCCUGGGGUUCCAGGCAAAAACCUUGCUCAGACAGCCCCCCCGACCAGACAGUGCUGUCCCCUGCAGAGGACGCCCCACCCCCAGGGGAACAGGAAGAGCUCCAUUAUGCCUCCCUCAGCUUUCAUGAGAUGACAUCUAGGGAGCCUCAGGACCAGGAGGCCACCAGCACCGAGUACUCCGAGAUCAAAACGAGCUAA